AUGCACCGGCAUGCGGAGGCACCGGAAGAAUGGCGGCGUCUUAAGCAGUGGUUACCAGCAGAGCUGUGCAGAGACAACUACGUUGAAUUACCUGAUGACGAGUGGAAGCUUCUCCAUGUGCUGCCAUACGUUCUCACGAUGUGGGGAGCUACACCGAUGGGAAGGACUCCUCACUGUGCUCGUCUUGUUCGGCACCAUGAAGUGCGAUGCGGUUGGGCUGCAACGCAUGGACUGCUCCCAAGCGCACUAGUGGGCCACCCGGCCCAGCACGGGUCUUCGGCGGAUGUCUCGCCGCCGCAGACCCGACAGUCGUCUGCCGCACGAUUAGUGCAGACGACAUUACGAGACACGUUCCUGCCUCAGUCUCCCCAAGCCGCUAACAAAAGCCGUCGAAAGGAGUUCCAGCGGCUGAAACGCAAGCUAGCCAAAGCUCGCAAGAGAGAAGAGAAAGCUUUAGCCUCUGCAAGGUUGAACAAUGACCGCGGUAUGCUCGCGUCUGACAGAACGUUUGGCCUCAUCACUCAAAACGGCGCACAACAUCUCACGGGUACCAAGAUAUCGCAGUACUGCAAGAGACACAUGUGCACACGUCAGAGAUCGAGGAAGCGCGGCGUGAACACGCUGCGCGUUGGGGGUUUCGUGUCGGUGAAGGUUGUCCUGUUUACUCUUACUGGGGUGCAGCGGAAGAUGGAAAAGGAGUUGAAGUCGUUGCUCCAGCAGCUAACGCUGAUCAUGAUGGUGUACAACUCCAUCUGCGCUCUCCCAGGAACCCGCUCCGAGUCAAGCGACCCAAGCAAGCUGGCACGACUAUUACGCCAGCAACGCGCUGCGCUUGCAGCUGACACUCCCCGUGAGGAUGCAAUUGACGACAUCACCGCACGACUAGAUGCGAUAUCCAUCCGGGACGCUGCCAGCACCUCUCGACUGGAAAAAAUUCGUCAGGCAAUAUCGGAGCUCCAGGCUGAGCGCGGUAAGCAGAGGAUGAAGCGGCGUAUGCGCGACCACGCUUGGUACGACGGCAAGACUACGCACACGCUUUUUCGUUCUACAUCUACAAAGUUCACGGAUAAUUCUGUCCCAACUUUGGUCCCGGAUACUAGUGCGCCAGCUCGUGACAUUCAUGACAAAGCGAAUAUUUUCGCAGAUGCCUGGUCCCCCAUUUUCAACCAGACACCCGCUGAUCCUUCCGCUAUCGACGAUCCGCUGCGGUGGACGGCUGACAACAGCUUUACUGACGAAAUUCAACGCGCCGUUGCGGCGGAUAUUUCUGAAGCUGAAGUAGCUGCUGCAAUUGACGAAUGCGCCGCUGGAAAGGCAUGCGCGCGAACUCCUCGCAUUCCAGCUACCCGCAAGCCUGGGCGGCCUAAGCACUUCAUCUGGCGCUACUUCGAGAAGAUCACGGAUGGCUCGGCGAAGCCGCACGCUGAGUGCCACUACUGCCACGUGGUUGUUCGCAGUGCUCAGCCUGGAACAAACAUGCAACGCCACCUCAAGAGCUGCUGUUCCGUUCCUGUUGCUGUCAAGCGUAUCCAGGACGCGUUCCGGGACCCGCAACCUUCAGCUGCUAGGGAACCUGUACCGGCUGCUGUUGGGUCUACUGCUGCUGCUCCUGGUGGUGACGUCCGUGAUGGACAUCCCGCGGUGCCCGUCCCAGCGCCAACGCCGACCCAGCAGCAACAGUUUGAGAUGGCACUGGCUAUCACGAUUUACCUGUGUGCUCUAUCAUUUGUGCUGCUGUUUACAGAAUCGCAGUUCAAGACGCUGCUAAAGAAUUCAGCCUCAAGCGUUGCAGCAAAGGCGAAACUCAGUCAAGUGAAAAAGACAAUCCGUGAUCAGUCGUUUUGGAGUAAGCUGGAGCAAGUUGUGGCGUUCCUCGACCCCAUCAUUGAAGCCCUCCGCGAACUUGAAUCGGAUAACUGCUCGACUUCGCGCGUGUAUUCCCGAUUUAAGUGGCUGCUGAACCACCCUGCCUACGGUACUGAUGAAGUACAGUCCCCAAUCCAAGCAGCAAUCAAGGGCCUGGUUGACAAGCGAUGGAAACAUGUGCACACCGACGCCAUAGGUCUGGCAUUCCUGCUCGACCCGCACACAACCCUCACCGACUUCGUUGGCACAGAUGAAAAAGAUACCAUCAAACAGGGGUGUGCUUUCGCUGAGCGAAGUGGCAUACUCGAUGAAUUGGGUGUAACGAGGGCACAAUUCAACGGUGCGAUGUAUAGCUUCGCUAGUGAGAAGCGCAAAUGGACGCCUGCAAUGUGGCGUGACAACGAGGGAGCCGCGCCUCAAGACUGGUGGCCCACACAUGCAAAUCAGUAUCCAAUGGCGUGGGAGAUUGCCAGACUCGUAUUCGCAAUUCCACCAUCAUCGGCGGCGAGUGAGCGGGCUUGGAGUAUCAUGGAUUUCAUCCAUUCCAAGAAGCGCAACCGCUUGGCGGUCGACAAGGUCGACAUGUUGGCCUCCAUCUACGCCAACCACCUUGCCGUGUCCACAGAGGGUGCGGACUGGGCCCGGCUGCACUCGUAUCCAGAAAGUGGUGAGGCCCUGGAGAGGGAGGCGACGGAGCAGUAG